CUGGUUAACACAGGCACGUGCGGGGCGUGCCUCCUUAUCCCACACGACCCGACCCUAUACACGCUCUUCUUUUGCUCUUCCUUGUACAAGAGUUGUCACACUUGCAAUUUGCUUGGCUUCCGGCAUUUUCUCUCUGUUUAUCUCUGAGCUUUUUCAAUGGCGUCCACUUUCGUCUCGCUUCCAAGACCUUUGCUAUGCAAACCCAACUCUCCUUCUUUCUCUAACCAGAGACUAUUGUCUGGCUUGAAAAGAAACUCACUGAGAAUCUCUGCAAUUUCGAAGAAAUGGGAACCCGCCAAGGUGGUUCCACAAGCUGAUAGAGUCCUUAUUCGUCUUGAGGAGCUCCCUGAGAAAUCGGCCGGUGGAGUUCUGUUGCCCAAAGCAGCUGUUAAGUUUGAGCGGUAUCUAAUGGGAGAAGUUCUCUCUGUUGGUUCCGAAGUUGGGGAAGUGAAAGCUGGAACAAAGGUUCUCUUCUCAGACAUAAAUGCUUAUGAGGUGGAUUUGGGAACAGACGGUAGGCACUGUUUCUGCAAGGAAAGUGAAUUGUUGGCUUUGGUCGAAUAGUUUCAGCAAUUCUUCAUAAUGCACAAUCUUUAUCACAAUUUUAUGCUGAUUUAUUUUGCUCGGAAUUCUGUAGCUUGAAAAUUUGGUUAAAUUGUAAACAGAUGUUCUCGUCCUUUUGGACUGGCUACAUAGAUUUUGGUAAUAUUUUAUUUUCGUACAUUGAACUUGUAGUUGGUGUAUUAACACUCUUUGAAGCAAUGAAAGAGGGAGUGAUAUUGGAGGCUAA